GCCAGGGGUUUAAAAAAAAAACAAUUAUUGUAGUUUUGUUGAGGUGAAUUAUGAGAUUUAUAAAUUACAAACAAAGUAAUUAAUAUUUGUAAUUAUUACAAUUGAAAAUACCAAAUUGAUGAUAAAAUCUGAAAAAUGGCAAAUCGUACCGUAAAAGAUGCGAAAUCAAUCCGAGGUACAAACCCCCAGUAUUUAAUUGAAAAAAUAAUACGAUCAAGAAUAUACGAUUCAAAAUAUUGGAAAGAAGAAUGUUUCGCUCUUACUGCCGAGUUACUUGUCGACAAGGCCAUGGAGUUGCGAUAUAUCGGUGGAGUAUUUGGGGGUAACAUAAAACCAACACCAUUUUUAUGUUUGAUUUUAAAAAUGCUGCAAAUUCAACCAGAGAAAGAUAUAAUAGUUGAAUUUAUAAAAAACGAGGAAUUUAAAUAUGUUCGCGCGCUCGGUGCUUUAUAUAUGCGACUAACAGGGACAUCAUUGGAUUGUUACAAAUAUUUGGAGCCUCUUUUUAAUGACAAUCGCAAGCUCAGAGCACAAAAUAAGCAGGGAAUUUAUGAAAUAAUUCACAUGGACGAAUUUAUUGACAAUCUUCUAAGAGAAGAAAGAUCUUGUGACAUUAUUUUACCUCGUAUUCAAAAGCGGCACGUUCUGGAAGAGAGCAACGAACUUGAGGCUAAAAUUUCAGCUCUUGAGGAUGAUAUUGAUGAAGGAAUAGAGUCAUCUGAAGACGAAGACAUGCCACCGCCUAAUGAUGAUCGAAAAAAAUUAGAAAAUUAUGACAAGGAUCGUGACCGGUACAAGGACCGGGACAAGAGACACUCAAGGUCCGAUAAAAAAUCUGAUCGUGAUCGAGCGAGAUCUAGGAGUCGGGAUCGCAAACGCGACCGUGAAAGGGAACGAGAACGAGAACGGAGAGAUCGGAAGGAUAAAGACCGUGACAAGGAUCGGCAUCGCCGCGAUGAUCGCGAGAGAAACCGGGAGAGAGAUCGCGAUCGUGAAAGACGAAGAGAACGCGAUCGCGGUCGGUACUAAUUUUAAUCACAAUUAUAAUUGUAAUUUUAUAAUAAAGGAUUUUGUAAAAAAAAAAAAAA